AUGGUUACACAGGGUAAACUUCAGAUCAACACCGAGGAGAGCAUCGAAGAUAAACACUCAGGGAGACUGGGAUGUUUCGGUUGGCUGUUGGUCCUCAUAUCCCUCCUCUUUAUAAUAGCGACCUUCCCGAUCACAUUAUUUAUGUGUGUUAAGAUAGUGAAGGAGUACGAGCGAGCCAUCAUUUUCAGACUUGGCAGGAUCACAGACAGGAAACCUAAAGGGCCAGGACUUUUCUUUGUUCUGCCCUGUACUGAUACCUUUGUGAAAGUCGAUCUGAGAACUGUGUCCUUUGACAUCCCUCCACAAGAGAUCCUAACGAGAGACUCAGUGACGGUGUCUGUGGACGGCGUGGUGUACUUCCGCAUAAACUGCCCCAUCUCAUCCGUGGCCAAUGUGUCCGACGCACACUCAUCUACACGGCUGCUGGCUCAAACCACCCUGAGGAAUGUACUUGGUACCAAAAACCUUGCAGAACUGCUAUCUGACAGAGAGGGCAUAUCACUCAGCAUGCAGGAAUCUCUGGAUGAUGCCACAGAUCCGUGGGGUAUUAAGGUGGAGCGUGUGGAGAUCAAGGAUGUGAAGUUGCCUCAGCAGCUGCAAAGAGCCAUGGCAGCAGAGGCAGAAGCUACUCGGGAGGCCAGAGCGAAGCUCAUUUCUGCAGAGGGAGAGAUGAACGCUUCCAGGGCUCUGAAAGAAGCCUCCCUGAUAAUUGCAGAGUCACCCUCUGGUCUCCAGCUGCGAUACCUGCAGACCCUCAGCAGCAUUGCAGGAGAGAAGAACUCCACCAUCAUCUUUCCCCUGCCCAUAGAUAUAUUGCAGCAUUUUAUGAAGAGGGAUUAAUUAUGUUAUUGUUAUAAAGUUAUUGUUACUGUUAUAAGCUUUCGUGGUAUCUCUUUUAAAUGUGGUCCAAGAGGCCUCGAGUGUGCAAUUAUUUUCUUAUUGUGAUUUAAUACUUAAGUACAAAGUGCAACAUAUACAGUUUAGACAUUAAACUUUAUAACCAUUAAAUAUUUUUACCAGCUAAGCUACAGUUUCGGUUCUGGAGAAGGACAAAUAAAUAAAUAUAUCGAUGAAAUACACAAGAAAAGUAAAACAAAGAACAGUGCACGACAACCUUAUAAAGACAUGCUUUGAUAAAACCAUAUCCAGAGAAUAACUUCUGAAAUGCAAUCUUUACCGAACAGAACAGAAGUCCUGUAAACGGUCAACAGAAGAACUGACAUCCACGUGAACCACCAACCGUCUUUGACAUUGGAUGUAAACUGUAAACAGAUCUCUUAUUUUAGUGUCAAACAAACAUUCAGUAGAUGAGUACAGGGUCAUGUCCACAGGACACAAAGGCAAUCAGUGCAACCGGAGUACCUGAUGGAGAGAAAUAUCAUUUCUACCCACAGUAAAGCCCACCAAGCCAAACAUAUUCAACUUAAUGUCCCAACAGUAAAUGCAACUCAACUACAACCAAAUCUUUGUUUGAGCAUAUUUACACAUUUUAUGUUUUUGGGGGAGCUGAUAAUUACAUCAUAUUAUAAUGAGGCAACAU